AUGGGUAGCCGUAUUUCCUGCUUCGAGAGAACAUGGCGGCAUUUUAGUGAAAAUAUGGUAAGUUUGGACGUAUAUUCUCGUUAUGUUUCGUUGAUAUUUAUUCUUUUAAUUAAACUUUUAAUAAAGUUUAAUAGUUAUAGUGUUAAUUAUUGUAUUUUGUUUAUUGUGUUUGGCGAAAGAGAGUAUAAAACAUCGUGUACACGUGCAGCAUGCUAUUAUAACAUUUGACGAGUCAUUUUAUAUCACUAUUUGUUCUUGCUAUGUUGAGUUGAUGGAGGACAUUUUUUAUUCCAAUUGUGCUGAAAUAGUUAUAAGAAUAAUGAACGCGCCCCAACGCGCCCCACAUUUUGACAGUGAAUUUUUAUCCAAAAUUUGUUGAAUUUUAUUAUUUUUAUAGGAAGAUGUAUCAGUAGCAGGAAAGAGAUCCUGUGUUCCAGAAGGCAAUACCCCGGGAAAACCGCCUGCCAAAGUCCGCACACGGACAGAAUCGGAAGCUUCUCGUAAGAGAUGUUUGUUUGGAAAAGAUAAUAUCACUUCAGAAAAGUCAAAAUGGACAACUUCCGAAGAUUCUGCUAUUGUCCAGUAUAUAUGUCUUUACUGGGAAGAUGCCCACAGAAACAAAUGGCCAACAAUGAAAAAUCCUCAUUUUUGGGAUGGUUGUGCACAAGCUGUAAUGAACAUAUGCAAAACAACGAGAACUGGUAAGAGCAAGUAUUUCUUUUAUGUAAGUGAGUAAUGACAAGGGUGUACAUGCUAAACAGUUCAAUGCUCAUUGCAUAAUUGUUCUUAAUAGUGGUAGUAAAGUUUAAGAUGCAAAUGAGUCAGCCCACCAAGCAGGAUGAAAUGUUCUGAAGUUUAUCACAAGUCAUAUUUAUCCUGUUAAUGACCUAUUUCUGUAAUAAUUCCAUAUGAUUCUACUACAAAGUGUGACUUUAUCAAAAUGUUUUGCCUCAGUAGGUGGAGCAUGUCGUUCAAGAGUGAGCAAGUAUUUGGCAAAACACCAUUCCACCCUUACAGAAGCAGAAGAUGCUCUUAGAAUAGACUAUGUGCUUGAAACUUCAAAUGAUACCAACUUUGUAGACCAGAUCUCUUCCACUCCUAAGCAAUUUCCACAAACAAAUGUUGAAGAGUCAUUGUCCCCCAUAUUCAGCUGUUCACCACAAAAGAAAGCAUCCAUAUCGAAUAUUGGGGAUUUGGUUAAAAACCUAGUUUUUGCAUUCCAAAAUACAAUGACAAAACGGUUAAAGAUGCAGUUACUAAGGUAUCUGUACAAACAAAUAGUCAUUGAAUCAGGUGGAACUGAAUUGGCCACAUUCGUUCGACCUAACUUCCUGGAUGUUAGCCUGGAUGCAAUGAAAACACUCCAGACUGAAAAGAAAGAAAAUUUGGUUUACGGCUUGUCAAUAUGUUUCAAAAGAAAGGAUAAUGAUGAGAGUGAAACAAGAAUGCCAUUGCAAAGAAUGCCUUUUGGUCUUGUGGACUACAACAUCAAAUAUUUUUCGAGUCAUUCAAGUCAAAAGUUGAAAAUGGAAGAUCACUAUGCCAAGUGCUUAGAAACAAUGUAUGCGCAUUUUGGCCACAAGUGGUUAUGUUUGUUUAGAGGUCCUUAUUGGCAGUAUGAAGAAAAAGUGAAUCCUGAAUCUGCAUAUGACUUACCCUUGGUGAAUUCCAUGCAAGUCGACAGUGAUCUCGUGCCCACUUCCAAUAACAUGGAAGUUGUGAGUGUCCAGUCAGCUGGCAUUCAAGUAUCGAAUUCCAUGGACAAGUCAUCUCAUGAUAACACACAUUCUAGCAAUUCAAUAAUUGAUGAUGUUUUAGCAGAACUCCAAAUUAAUCUUGAAGAAUUUGAGUUUUCAUCUAUGGAUGAAGAAAGUAAUAACAUUGUGGAAGAAGAGUCAAUGCCAUCAUGUGAUAUUGAAAUGAGUAACAGUUUACCGACUGAACAAUGCCAACAACAAGUUGAAGUCUGUGUGUCACCAGAAGCAAUGGAAGUUCAUCACAAAAUUCAACCACAACAGUCAAACAGAAAACCAGUAAACAGUUGUUUGUACGACACAAUGAAGGUAUGCUUAACAAAUUUCUAACACAGGUGUAACAGGCUGAAUUGUUAAGUGGGGCCAGUAAACAUUUUUUCCCAACUGACACUGAAAAUCUCCCAAUUUUAAUUCAACCUUAUCCCCUCUCCCACACUUUGUCCCACCCAUCUUGUUUUUUCUUUGUCCCACCCAUUUUAUUUGUCCCACCCAUCUUGAUUUCGCCAGCGCUAAUAUUAAAUUUGACAGCCAUUUGUCAGAGGCUGUGUGUAAUUUGUCGGUACCGUACUUGCAGUGAUGGCAAGCUGAAAUUUUUAGCCUGGUCUUGCAUUCGUAUUUUCAUGAUUUCAUCGCAUUUCUUUGUUGUUCGGUAAAAAUUUGAUACUAAAUUUUGAGUUCAAAACGGGAAUAAAAUAGGAAUAUGUAUAAGGAAAAGAAAAAUUUAGGGAAGGAAAUAUUGGGAAGAAGAUGGACAAACUAAUAAAUAAUGCUUUAGCAGAGUGGAAGCACUGUGUAAUCCUACUGGAGUCAACAUGACAGUCGUCAGUGAGAUGUUUUCUUUCAUUACCGAUAUUGAUUGUAAACUCAUUUGAAUUAUGGGUAUAUUUGUUUCAACUUUGAUUUGUCAACAAGUUACUCCAACUCCAUUUUGCAUAUUAUUGGUGUAACUCAGUAUAUGACAUCAUGAGACACACUUGCAAUGCUAUUUUCAGCCAAUAAAAUGCAGGUUGAAAUUAUCUAAAAUAAAAACUUUGGCCUUCAUUAAGUCUUUCUUGUUACGGUGAACGUAACAAUACCAAAGUGAGUGAGUGGUCUGACUAAUUCAUUAGAUUCCUCAGAUAGAACUCUAAAAUACUGCCUACUAAAUCAAUGCUGAGAAUACAUUUGAACACAGUUUUCACAGUAAUGGUUUUUAGCAGGCUAGGGCAGAUAUACUAAAUGGACACCACUCAACUCACAGCAUCCUUGGGGCUUCGACCUUCUAUCUUUGUAUACUCGCUUUGCUCAUCAAUUAAUAGCCGGAGCCACAGUAGAGCAAAACAGUAUUAGCCAUACCCAAAUUAUUGUUAGCCAGGACUUCAAACAGAUACCUGAAGGGCUGCAUUGUCCACAGGUAAUCACAUAUAGAUCUUUCAAUCAUACAUUGUAUGAGUCUUCACAGCGAAUGAAUGUGACUAUGUAGCUUUGAAUGUUUUCCUUGUGUUGACUAAAAAAGGGUAAUCAUAAUGGUGAACUAAUAUAAUUAAUAAAUUAUUUGUUAAAUUGGAUGAUGACAAAUCAAGAAUGAUCACUAACUAACCGUUGCCUUUUAAUUGUAUUGAAACUGUUUUGAUUUUUAAUUUCCCUCUGCCAAAAUUUGCCCUACCUGUUAACAUUGUAUUUUUUUGGGGGGGCAGGGCAGCUGCCCUCCCGGCAUCCCCCCGGCCAGUUUGCCUAUGUUGUUAUAUGCAUUGCAAUGUAUGCAAUAUAUCCAAACAUGCCCGUUCAGAAAGUUCAGAAAAUUUACUCCCACAGUGUGUGAGAAAAUCUUUGGUCAUACUAUGUUGGGGGUAUAGCCAACCCCACCCCUUUGCAAUUCCCCUCAUUGACGUAGUUUACUACGUAUGGAAUUCCAGGAGGUGGUUAACAAGCUGCCUCCUCCGCAGGCUCCUCUAUAUAGAUCAAGUUUAAAUAUUGGUAAUAUAUAGAUCAGCGCGUGCACUGCAAGCCCGAUAAAGACGCACGCCUUUAGGCGCACGCCCGCAACUAAGGACGAGCGCGCAAAGGAAAAUGGGAAGACGAAAAAUUACCAGGGAGGAGCCUGCCAAAUCCUGUGUCGAAACUGUGCAAAUGUGAUCGAAACUGUGCAAAUCACAGCAAAUGUGAUCGAAACUACGAAAAUAGGGUUUUUUAGGCGAUGGAGGAAUCACUUGACGACAGUGGGCCGUUAAUGAGUUUAGAAGACUUCCAGUUUGAUGAUAGUGAUGAUUUAGUAGCUUCUUUCAGCUUCUUUUAGAAGCUUCUCAAUGCCGUCCGUAUUAUUUGAUUUCCGUAUAAACAUAUGACGGGAAGAUUAAAUAUUAAAGAACUCCGCGAAUAUUUGCAGUAGAAAUACGAAAAUACCACCAAAAAAUUCCGCUUGAAAGAAACUAUAUACUCGAACAAUGUAAAUGGCCAUAAAAUAUAAACUAGCGAUACUCGAACAAUGUAAACUAGCCAUACCAUACCUAUAAUAUACAAUAUACUCGAACAAUGUAAACAAAGUAUCACUAAGCCAAACCUUUCGCCGAAUAUAACUUCGGCUCCUUUCAACGUAUCUUUUUCGUAUUAGUCUUGUUCGAAUCACAAUCCAACACACUAUUUAGAGUGUUAUUUUCAAGCUUGUAUCUGCAGAUUUGUAUCUUUUAUUUCGGUAUUUAAAAAUAUCUAAAUUUCAGCCGGUGGCACGCGCGUGCGAGUAGAAACCUGAUAUUUUGAAAACUUCAAAAUAAAUAUUUCUGCUCGUCGUAUUCAAACGAAACUUUCUACAUAAAAUCGCUUGAAUACAAGGAGUAUUUUACUGCUAUUGACUUGGGCGAAUUCUGAAGAGUUUAGAAGAUAUUCAAGUUUUUCUCGAUAUGAAAUAAGAAUGUUUGGCCAAGCGGCAAGUAAAUAUACGAUUGUUUUGCCUGUGUCAUGUUAUGACGGCAUUUGACCCCCCGUUCGAAAGGUUAUUUUAUGAGGAUUUCAAUGAUGGUUUUCGUUUUAAAGGGGUAAAUACUUGUCGAGAUAUUUUAAUCUUCCCCACUCCAAAGUCGGAAAUGCAAAUAUGAACCGGACGACAAUCCUUCGUCCGCCAUUGCAGCGGACGCCAUCUUGAAUGCAGGAUUUGCCAGUCGCUCCGCAACUCCUCCCCUUCCCAUCAUUCCGCGCGCCCCCAUUAAUUUUCGUCUUUUCCUAAUGUCCCUAAUUAAUUAUUUGAUAGCAAGCGACUGGGGACGAGGCAGGUUAACAAGUAUGUAGUUGUCACAUAAAUAAGUCACAAACUGUUGACUCCAUUUUCUAUAUAUUUUUAUAUAUUUUCCAGAGCAAGGUGAACGUAGCUAGUGUUGGACCUCGACAAAUUCAGAAAAAGAUCUUGGGUUCUGGAUUCUCUAGAACUGUUGAUGUUCAGGUAUAGUGUUUUGAAUAAAUUAAUUGUCUCAUAAGCUUAUUGGCAAUAGUGCAUAUUAAUGAUCAUGAAAACAUACAGACGUAUGAAUCCAUGUUUUGAAAAAUCUGUUUGGGCUUAAGAAGCAAAUGAUUUUGCAAGCUAUCUAAUUUUUCCAGUUGCGCCCAGGUGCGUGCAGAAUUUGUAAGACCCACAUUCCCCCAAGUUAAGCUACGUUUACACGCUGUGAUUAAUCGUGUACGAUUCGUUUUCUGGCGUAUGUCAUUGAGUCAACACACAUAAGCUGGCUAUAUUUGAAAUUUCUUUUUAACGAAACGGCAAAGAAUUAUGACGCCAUCACUCAUUUUAAUACGCCAGGGGCCGGUUGUAUAAAACUCUUAAUCACUUUUUUAAUCACUAUUUUGUAGUUAAAUAGUGAUUAACUCUCAAAUACGGAUGACGGUUAUUGGAUGACGUUUCCACUAACUAUAGUUAACUUUAAUCACUUCUUUAUACAACCGGCCCCAGAAUACGAAUCGUACACGACAAAUCGUAAAGUGUAAACGUUGCUUUAAGCUACGUUUACAUGCUGCGACGCCAGAAAACGAAUGGUACACGAUCAAUCGCAGCGUGUAAACGUAGCUUUAAACCAUGCAUGUAUGUAACAACUGCUCAUCCUAAUUGUAAUUUAGAUGGAAGCUUUAAGACAAGCAGCUGCAAGUAAUCCAAAUGGAAGAUGGUGGAUUAAGGCUGACGCUUGCGAUGUCCGUCAAGGUUUGCGUGAAAGCGUCCUUGCACAAUGGGCAGGUGAUGUAGGUCUUGGUGAUGGCUAUGUACAGGAGUUGUAUCAGCAGUAUAAAGCUGAUUGUUCAUUUGUUGAGAAGUUAACAGCAUCCAAUAAAUUACAGUUUUCCCUAAGCGAACUUCAUCAAUUAAAUGGCCUUCAAUUAAAUGGCCUUUUUAUCCUCUGGCAAAGCUAA